UCUGCAAGGUGUCAAAAUAGACGUCUAGCAAUUGUAAAGAAAUUCCAUGUGUUACCAUUCUGAUAGACCAUCGUGAUGCAUUCUAUGCAUUACACGUUCAGAUGAAUUGCCACCAAUGCGGAGAACACCAUUUCUAUUUCGGACGAUCACAAACGGGAUGGAACAGAAGUCAUACGAUAUCCGUGUACAAAGGAGGAUGUACACACGAACCGUAGCAAAGGGACGAUGUUGACGAGGAUAAAGGAAUCCAACAUGGGAUGGUUCUGGAUUGCACUGUCCAUUGCCUGUGUCUCUGUGACCCUCACUGACGCCGAGUGUCACUGUAACACCACUACUGCCUGUACCGUGUUCCCCUCUACUCCCUGUAGCCAGGUCGGUGAUCCAGACAGAUGUCAGGAAGGAUGGUUCGGUUCCUACUGUCAGAAACAAAACAUCGCUUUGAGGAGAUCAAGCAGCCAGAGUAGCACUAUGAACAAUGAUCCAAAUACCUUUCGAGCAGGACUUGGUGUAGACGGCAGAGCCACCACAGAUGCCACGAGCUUGCCAUGGACAUGUGCUCAUACAGCCAAUCAGACAAACCCCACCUGGACUGUGAACCUGACCACUUCAGUUCCAGAGAAGAUACAACACAUCAGACUCUAUAUCCGUGACAAUUUUCAAGAGAGAAGUAACGGCAUGGAGAUAUUUGUGGGCAGCCAGAUGUGCUACAACUGGUCAUCAACUGAACAUCCUCCUCCUAUAGCUAACGUCACCUGCCGUCAGCCACUGACAGGCACCAACGUCACUAUACGGAUACCUGGUCAACAGAAAUUCCUUACACUGUGUGAAGUGCAGAUAUUUGUUUGCAGUGACGGAUGGUUUUCUGAAGAUUGUGACAAACAGUGCCGGUGCGCUAACAGAACUGAUGUAUGUGACAAGAUCACUGGUCACUGUUCUAGUGGGUGUUUCCCUGGAUAUAAUGGUACCGACUGCCAAACGGCAUGUCUAGAUGGUUCCUAUGGUGUCAACUGUUCUGGACAGUGUGGAAACUGCCUUCAUGGUGUCAUCUGUAACAAGACUACGGGAACCUGUCCAGGAGGAUGUGUAGCAGGAUGGAUGAAUGACACCUGUCAUCAAGCAUGUCCGGAUGGUUCCUAUCAUGUCAACUGUUCUGGCCAGUGUGGAAACUGCCUCAAUGGUGUCACCUGUAACAAGACUACGGGAACAUGUGACGACGGAUGUGCAGCAGGAUGGAUGAAUGACACCUGUCAUGAAGCGUGUCCAAAUGGUUCCUAUGGUAUCAACUGUACCAACCAGUGUGGAAACUGCAGUGAUGGUGUCAUCUGUAACAAGACUACGGGCACCUGUCCUGAAGGAUGUGCAGCAGGAUUGACGACCAACACCUGUCAUGAAGCAUGUCCAGAUGGCUUCUAUGGUAUUAACUGUACCAACGAGUGUGGAAACUGCCUCAGUGGUGUCAGCUGUGACAAGAAGUCAGGAGCAUGUCCUGGAGGAUGUGCAUCAGGGUGGAUGGAUGGCGACACAAUGUUAUGUCUGCAACCAUGUUCCAAUGGUACUCAUGGUGAGGACUGUAGCCUCCAGUGCGGACAAUGUCAGGCUGGCGAUGUGUGUCACAAGAUAACAGGAGCCUGUCCUAGAGGGUGUGUAGAAGGAUGGACGGGGGAUACCUGUAUAGACGCUUCCGCCGAUAAGGGAACUACUGCAGCAAUUAUUGGAGGGUCUGUUGCAGCUCUUUUAGUCAUCGUUGUUAUCGUGGCCAUUGUCAUUUGCAAGAAACGGAGAGAACGGAAACACGAUGACUCGAGAGAACACGUUCCAUCGGAAGGACUUCCUAACGCCGCAAGUAAAGAUAAACCAUCCACGAGUAAUUCUACCCACGGACCACCUGCAAUGGAAGAAGAUGAGGAUGCCGUGUUAUCUGUUGAGACUGAAGUCGACGGAGGCAACGAUGCUGCCGCCACCUACUACAACUGGGUGCCACCUAACAUGCGGCUGGAUAACCUGAAACAGUGUAUAAUUGAGAAGAUGGCAAAAGCCUCGUUUGGAACGGAAUUUGAGAUGAUCCCAUAUGGUGCAAGACAUCCACAUGAAGCCGCUAUAAAACCUAACAACAAACCGAAGAACCGUUUCCUUGCUCUGUAUGCGUAUGAUGAUUCGAGGGUUGUGCUGGCGGAUGGAGAAGAUUACAUUAAUGCCAAUUACAUCAUGGGAUAUGAUGAUACUGCAAAGUAUAUAGCAACACAAGGACCCAGACCGACGACAAUCACUGACUUCUGGCGGAUGGUGUGGCAGGAGGACGUCACACAGAUAGUCAUGCUGACGAAGCUGAUGGAGGUGAACAAGAAAAAGUGUGAAAGAUACUGGCCCGAUGAAAGCAAAUCUGAAACCUACGGAUGCUAUAAGGUUACAAACAAAACUGUGACAUCGAGGGCUGACUACACAGUCACCACUUUCGUUGUACAGAACAACGGUACCGUGAAGACUGUGACGCACUACCACUUCACAUCUUGGCCUGACCAUGGUGUUCCUUCUGCUCCUGCCCUCGUCAACUUCUGGAGACUGGUCAAACAUGGGGACAUGGACAGGGGACCCAUGGUGGUGCACUGCAGCGCUGGAGUUGGUCGAACAGGAGCAUUCAUUGCCCUGGACUACCUGAUGGACGAAGCUGAGAGUAAACACAGCGUCAACGUGUUCAUGUGUGUCAGCAAGAUGAGGCAGAACAGGAUGAACAUGGUCCAGACACUGAGCCAGUAUGUGUUUGUGCAUGACGUAGUCUUGGAGGCUCUCAUCAGCCAAGGAACACUCUACACCUCGUCUGAGUUUGACAAAACAUUUGGUGUUGGCGAAACGUUCUCAACAGCUCAAGAGGACAUGCUGAGAGAACAGUUUCGAAUGCUCCAAGAACAAAUUUCUGAACUCAAAGAAGAUUUGACAUCAGAGGCACUGCUUCCGGAGAACUCAAUCAAAAAUAGGAGCCAGUAUGUUCUCCCAGGAAACAGGUCCAGACCCUACCUGUGUACUCCCGUUCCGGGUCGGAAUGACUACAUCAAUGCAGUGUUUCUGUCGUCCACCCUUCGACCAUCGUCCAUGAUAGUCACCCAGACUCCACUGCCAGACACUGUGGUGGACUUCUGGAGACUGGUGUACGACCAUGACUGCUUCACAGUUGUCUGUUUGGACGCCUCCAAGGAGACAAGAAAGAUGUACCCUAAAGACAGCAAAAUGCUACAAACUGGACCAUUCAGUGUAGCACACAUGGAAACCAAUUCAAAAGGAGCAUUCUACACCGAGAAAAAAAUGAAGCUUGAGAAUGUUAAGGAGGACAGCGAACGGUCAGUCACAGUGUUCUGUCUCCGGUCACUGGACAUGGUGUCCAAUGGUGCUUCCCUCUUGGAGAUCAUCAACGUGGUGGACAGAAUCAACAGCUCUGGUGACCAUAAGAUCCUCGUCCACUGCAUUGACGCUGCUGGUGUGAGCGGCGUGUUCUGCAGUGCCCUGAACAUCAUCAGCAGACUGAGGCUGGACAGAGACGUGGACAUCUUCCUCACCAUCAGGGAACUGCAGCGUGUCAGACCACAGUUUAUACAUUCCUUUGAUCAGUACAAAUUGUGCUACAAGAUGGUGAAGGAAUACAACCGUGCUUCCAACGUCUACGCCAAUCUGAUAUAAAACAACAGCUUUACAUUCCCCAGAGUCUUGGAAUGAUCAAUGACCUGUUUUGAGAAACAAUCAUGUUCUUGAAUGCAAUGUAAUAUAUGGUCAAAUGCAACAUAUGUUUGGAAUUA